UGACGUUUUACGACAAAUAAGCACAGCAUGUAUCCGGAAGUCGCACGUGGGACGAUCUCGUGGCAUUGUUUGUUGACGCCAUAUUGACCUAUCAGUGGGCUGUGGGAGAAGGGGAUACUGACUUGAAUGGGCGUAUAACCGAUCAUGAGCGAUGAGGACAGAGAUAUAGAGAUAGAAAGUGAUGAAGAAGACGACGAACUUGGGGGGUCAAUUAACUCUGAUGGAACUGCUACACAGUUUAUGAGCCAGGCUGAAAAACGGGCUCAUCACAAUGCAUUGGAGAGGAAGCGUCGGGAUCACAUCAAAGACAGCUUUCACAGUCUCAGGGACUCAGUGCCAUCACUACAAGGGGAAAAGCCCCACUCCAGUGGCGCCAGGACCAUGGUAUCCAGAGCUCAAAUCCUUAAAAAGGCAGCAGAUUAUAUUUCAUUUAUGAGAAGAAAAAAUCAUAGUCAUCAACAAGAUAUAGAUGAUCUCAAAAAACAUAAUGCUAUUCUAGAACAACAAAUUCGAGCUUUAGAGAAAGCUAAAAGCACAGGGCAGUUUGCAGUGUCAUCAGCUGUCAAUGCACAAGCAGGAGCUUUUGAGGAAUCAGAAUCUGAAAGCUCAAUCGAUGGGGAUAUAAGUCAUGGACGUCGGAAAAAGUUAAAAACGUCAGAUUAACGUCUGGAAAUUCUUAGUCGGCAGCGUACAAAAGAUUUGUGAAUAACGAUCUGUCAUAUGCCACAACAGUGCAUCAUUUCUAGAUGUCAUAGCGUAUUGGUGCAUGUGUGUGAUUGAAAAUUGUUAAUAUAUCAUCCCAUGUUACGUCAUUUCACUAGGGAUCUGGGAAGAAGUACCAUUGGAAACAUUUCACAUUACAGUGACUGAAUAAAAUUUUAUUUUAAGAAAUGUCAUGAACAGACAGGUUUCCUAGGUACACCUUCGGAGACUUUCAGUAGAUUCCUUAUUUUACGAGAGUUUAUCAUGAAAAAUGACUCGUAGAUGUCAAAUUGCGAGAACAUGAAAUCGCAGGUGGACUGAUUAUCAAGAAUUUUUACAUUUAUUUCACAAUAUGAAAAAAAAUCGAGUAAUUUAAUUUCGAAAGGGUUCUUCCCACUAAUAUUUAGGAAUCUAAAGUGAAUGGGAGAAAUAUUUGUAUAUAAGAAAACUGUUUUGUUUUAUACAGUAAUACAAAGAUAUAUAUGUUGAAGUAGGUUUUUCAUUGUUUUAAGGUCAUAUAAUCAAUAUAUAUAUCUAUUUGUUUCUUGGUUAUUUUACUCCAGGUUUUAUUUUGUGUGAACUUUUCAGGGUUUUGGAAAGUUAACUGCAUCGUAAUCUGGUUCAGUUUUACAUACAACAAAACAGUACAACCAGCAUAGUAAUGCUACAAAGGAAAUAGGCCAGCUAAUUUCAGUAAGGAGAGAGUUAGCAGUUUGUACUUUAAUCCCACCUAGGAUUUUUUUUUUGUAUUCACUGUGAAGGGUUCCCAGGAGAACAGGGAUACAACUGAAAUAGUAGCUAGUACUUUAAACGUGGCCUCCACUGAAAUCCAUCUUAAUUCUAUGAAUGCUGACAGAGUGUUGUUUACAUGUUAUACAAGUUUACAUACAUUUUCAUUUUAUGUCUGUUAUCAAUUCAUCAUUGUUUAAUGUCAUGUGUAGCAAUAAAUAUUGAUUCGUACUGGCA